AAAACUGAAAAACUGCAGAAGAAAAAGAACAAUCUACACUUUUCAGAAAACGAGUGGUUGGUGUUAGUGGCAAAGAAGAGAACUAUCACUAAAAUCACUUACAUCAGUUACCAAAAAAAGUAAAAUAGAUUAAGAAAGUAAAUGAAACCCAGAAAAUAAAAAAACAGUCCAAACAAAAAUCUGAAACGGAAGCUCAGAGAGACAAGGAUGAGAUUUUUCUCUUCCUUUGAUAAAUCCCAAUACCUAAUUCCCAAAUUCCCUUACUUUUAGGCGCCGAAAGAUAGAGAGAAACAUAGAUACGCAUUGGUUUUUUCUUUUUUGAAGAUUCUCGCUUCUUACUACAUGUGUAUCAAUCGAUCUCUACCCAGAUUCUCCGGAGGUACUUAUUAUUGAUUCGUUUUAGCUCAAAGUUCGUUUAAUUUCUGUCAAAAAUUUGGCAUGCGUUUGAUCUUGCUUCUUACAAUGACAGAUCUUUUUCUUCCUUCUUUUGCUUUGUUCUGUAAAGUUAGAUCAAUCAUGUUUUAGUUUUCUGUUUUGAGUUUAUCAUGUUUUAAGGCAGUGUAACUCAUGAAUGAGAGCAACCCUUUUGUGAAAGUGACGAUUUUGUUGUCUUAUGAGUUUUAAAAGUCUUUAAUUUAUUCAUCAGUGGGAGUUUGGUGGAAUCCUUGUUUGAAGCUUUUUAAUUGAGUUAAUGGUGUCUUCUUCUACAUUAUUGAUAUCUUUUCCGUUACAAUCUACUAAUAAAAAUGUAAUUUUUUUGAUUCGCAGACAUCUUUUCUUUGUGAUGUCUUGAAAGCUUUUUUAGUGGUUAUUCUCAUGAUCUGAUAGGUUGGUUUGAUCUUAUUAAUUUAUAUAUUGUUGUUACGUCUUAUUCGCUUCUUGUUAGACAUUUCUUCUUACUUGUGUGAUGCAGAAAGACUCUUUGAUGCUUCUUUAAGCUUGACUCUUUUUCUUGUCUAUCUUUUGCUUCCCCUGUUUUCUUGUGUUUUCUCUUCAAUAACGGUUUUGAGAUUAUGCUGAACCUGGUGGUUUCGUAUGUUUUUUAAAUGCAGGAGCUUUGAGUCUUGUCGUAUAGAUGCAGUGAAGGUCCUUUGUUAGAUGGGAAAACUUGUUCUUGAGUUGUCAAAAGGUAUUUUCUAUGUUUUUGGAGUAGAACUGUUUACAAGGAAGCAGCCAAUAUGGAGUUUGAUUUUGGAGAAAUGUUUUUAGUGUUGUUGUGAAGAAAUAUCAGUUUUGAUUGUUUUUGGAUUUGAUGGGUAAAGAGAAUCAGUUGGAGACUACCGAUUGUGGAGUCAGUGAUCACGGUUCUCCACCUAUCAAGAAUGAAGAACAUGAGGCACCACGUUACAGUUCAGACAAAGACACGGGUUUACCAACUUGCCGUGUAUGCCAGUGUGCAGAAUCUGAUAGAAGAGGAGAUGCUGCUUUAGGGUUUUUGGGAAUUACUCCUCCGGUUUCAGAACCUCGUAGAAGCAAUGCGGGUGAAGAAACCGUUGAUCAGAGAAGCUCGGUUGUCAAAUCUAGCGGAUUCAUCGAACUGAUAAGUCCUGAUGGAGAAGUUUUUGUUUGUGCAAACGACGAUAUAGAAAUGGGAGCGUGGCAGCAUCGAGAUAAGUUGCUAGAACUUGGAUGUUCUUGCAAGAAUGAUCUCGCUUUGGUACACUAUGCUUGUGCAUUGAAAUGGUUUGUCAACCACGGAUCAACUGUUUGUGAGAUAUGCGGAAAAACCACGGAGAAUAUAAGAACAGUUGAUUUCAACAAAGUGGUUAUCGCCUUAAAAGAUUACGCAGCGCUAAGAGAAAGAACAGCGGAUGGAGAUCCAAAUCCUGUAGUGGUUAACAACAACACCAGUUCGUCAGGGAUUGAUCCUGAUGCAGUUGCAGCCAUUCGAAGGCAACGACUUAGUGAGAUAUCGUUAUGGUUUGGUCCUCAUUGUUCAACCAACAACAACAAUAGUAGUAAUUCCGCUGCUGCAGGGACGGCUUCUUCUCAGGUUACAUCUGAACAACCUGUGGGUAUAGUAAACUUUGAUAUCUUGCCUAUGGAAAGCCGUGCGACUAAAUGGGCGGUGGAAGGUACCGGAAUACUACUUGCAACCGGAUUACUCACAGUUACUUUGGCUUGGCUCAUUGCUCCUCGUGUCGGAAAGAGAACUGCAAAGAGUGGUCUACACAUACUUCUAGGUGGUCUCUGUGCUUUAACAGUAGUCAUCUUCUUCAGAUUCGUUGUGCUGACAAGAAUCAGGUACGGACCAGCACGUUACUGGGCAAUAUUGUUCGUCUUCUGGUUUCUUGUGUUUGGCAUUUGGGCUUCACGUUCACACGCUUCUCACUCCUCCACAUGAUAAAUUCUCCAUCAUCCUUCAAGACACAAAAUGUACUCUUUUUGGUCUCUGUCAAUAUCAUGUACGUUAUUCUCUUUCAAGACACAAAAUGUACAAUUAAUUACUCUUAUCAAAAAGAAAAAAAGGGGUGAAACUGAAUGUUAUCAUCUCACAACAAAGUCUCUUGGUCGUAUUUAUUUUUGUAUUAUGUUAGUUUAGCAAAAAAAUUCAUCUCACAACAAAG